AUGAGUAUACAAUGGAUGUUGGAUUCUCGAGGGCUUUUCGACACCGCGCCCCCCAACCCUCGGACCAAGUUGGACAACAACGCCACCCUUCUUGUGAGCUGGUGGGCGACUGGGUUCUCCUUGGCGAUCAUUGUCACUCGAGUGUUCGGACGCUAUGUCCGCACCGAGCGCUUCUUCAUGGAAGAUAAGGUCAUGCUAGCCGGUGUCAUUCCGCUACUGAUACGGAUGGCUUGUGUGCAUGUCAUUUUGAUAUGGGGAACCAACAAUGUGAAGACUGCGGGACUCUCUGCCGAGAAUAUCAAUCAUAGAGUGGUUGGUAGUAAGCUGGUUUUGGUCGCACGAAUCUUCUAUGCUGUCUUUAUCUGGACGGCGAAAUUCACCGUAUGCGAGUUUCUGAAACGUGUCUCGGGCAUGAUCUGGCGGCGAUCCCUCGACAUCUUCCGCAAAUCGCUCUAUUAUUUCCUAGCCUCGACCCUCCUCGCGGUAGUCAUUGCUACCCUCGCGGAAUGCACUCCGUUCGCCCAUUACUGGCAAGUCAUACCGGAUCCAGGGCCGAAGUGCCGCCUUGGCUAUGCGAACUUGAUCGUGAUGGGGACCUGCGACGUGAUAACCGAUUUGCUUCUGGUUGCAUUCCCAAUUCCUUUCAUCAUGAUGACACACAUGCCUUUGAAGCGGAAAGCCGCCCUUGUCGUCUUGUUCGCUUUGUCCUUGAUUCUCGUGGCAAUCACACUCUAUAGAGUGCCGUCCGUCAUCUGGCACGAUGGGGAGCAACAGUAUCGAUCGCUCCUGGCAUCGCUCGAGAUACUGGUCGCAACGGCGGUGUCCAAUGCCGUGGUGAUCGGCUCCUUCGUGCGUGAUAAGGGCCUUAAGAAGAACAAGUUCAAGAAGGCCCUGGCAUCCGCUUCAGUCAGCGAGAACAUGGACUAUAGCUCCUUUCGCCGCCAAACCAUCACCCACCAUCAAUGGGGCAGUGAUUCCGACCUGGCCGCGGGUCUGGGCAUCCGUCUAGAGCCAGAGUUGUGCUCUUCAGACAGGGAUCUGCCUCGCCCGGCCCCGGUCGCAGCCCCUUACCACACCCUCACAGGCCGUCCUGGCGGACUAUUGAAUCCGAACUGGUCCUUUACCCAACGACCGCUCGGUGGCAUGGACGAUGAUCGCACGUCGACUACAGGCAGCCUCGACAUCAAAGUCAGUCCGCACGAAUAUAUCCAAACCAACCUCUCUCCCCCGCACGGGCUGCUGCCCCGAGAAGUCUCAUCCCCUACCCAACUCUCCAUCUUCGACGUGGGCGGCCUACUCAGCGCGCCCACCCCCACCACCGCGUAUCCCUCACACUACACCGAUCAACCGCGACAUGGCAGCAGUGGCAGCGGGAUAUCCGCCGUCCAAGACUUUGGAGCAGCCAUCUCCUCCCCGGACUCGCCGAACCCGGACCCGGACCUGGCCCCAGACCCCAAUGCCGCCGCCACCACCACCUACCACCGUCAUCGACAUCCCUCGUCGGCAUCUCUCCCGUAUGCUUCGCCCCGCGCUGGUGGCCUCCGCCGUACUUCGCUUUCGUUGAAUCGUCGCCGGGCUUCGAGCGUGCAUUUCAGCGAGUUCCCGGAUUCGCCUGUCCCGUCGUAUCGCUCGCAACCCGAUGUGUCGGCUCCGAUCCCAGAAGGGGAUGAUGUGGAGCUUCAGGAUGUAGGAGGGUUGCUGUCGCGGCGGUGA